AUGGUUGCGCAUCCGACGAAUAGUCAUACCUCCGAAUCACGGCCAAAAAAAGUGAAGCUGGCAUGGUUGUGUAGUACUUUGUGCCAUUUCGAACGCACUCUCGCUGCCUUCCCAUCGAUUCUCGCUCGCCCUCCCGUUCCGAUCAUCCUCGCGCCGUCCGUUCCGUCGUUCGUCCCGUCGCCGUCCCGUCGCCUUCCCGUCGCCGUCCCGUCGCCGUCCCGUCACCCUCCCUCUCCGUUCGCCCUUCAACUCUCGGUUCGUCCUUCCCCUCUCGGUUCGCCCUUCCCCUCUCCGUCCCGCUUCCCCUCUCCGUUCGCCCUUCCCCUCUCCGUUCGCCCUUCCCUCUCCGUUCGCCCCUCCCCUCUCCGUUCGCCCCUCCCCUCUCCGUUCUCCCUUCCCCUCUCUGUUCGCCCCUCCCCUCUCCGUUCGCCCUUCCCCUCUCCGUUCGCCCUUGCUCUCUCCGUCGCGCUUCCCCUCUCCGUUCACCCUUCCCCUCUCCAUUCGCCCUUCCCCUCUCCGUUCGCCCUUCCAUCUCCGUUCGGCCGUCCCCUCUCCGUCGCGCUUCCCCUCUCCGUUCGCCCUUCCCCUCUCCAUUCGCCCUUCCCCUCUCCGUUCGCCCUUCCUCUCUCCGUUCGCCCUUCCUCUUGUGAAAUUUAG